AUCACGUUAAACCGUUUAAUAAUGGCUUGUAAAAAUAAGCGUGAACCAGUUGUAGAGGAGAUUACUCUGAGAGUUCGAACUGCUUUAUCUCAAAUGGAGACGAUAUGGGAAGAAAUAGGUGUGAGCGAGGAAGGACGAUUAGCUUACCUAAGCCAAGUGUCCGAAUAUAUAAAUGACUUGCUUCAGGAUAUGGUGUCUGAGACAGAGUCAAAAAAAGAAACAAUUUUAAACAACGUUAAAAGUUUCUUGGAUGAGAUUGCAGUAUUGUCAAAAGAAUUGAGAACAGACGUCGCAAUCAGCGGAUAUGAACAUUUACCACUAAAAGAAAUAGAAGUAGUGCUGAGCACUGAUCUAAAAAAAUUACAAAGCUGUAAGGAACAGCGGAUGACACAGUUGAAGGAGUUUCUUAAUAAGGAAAGAGCUCUCUGUAAAGCAUUAGGGGUACAGCCGAUUAAUAUUGAGGAGAAAGUACCCUCGGAAGAAGAAUUGAACAGUUUCAAACUUUAUCUUGAGAAACAGGAGAGCGAAAAGAAUCGCUUAGAAUCUAUUUUCAAAGAAACGCGUAGGGCGAUUGUUAAAAUGAUGGACGACCUAGGAAAGACUCCAACCACCAGCUUCGAGAAUCUGGUAUGCAAAGACAGUGAAAAUUUUGUUCUUAAUUCUAAUAAUAUGACCAAAUUAAGGGAGUUCAGGGACCAACUGAAACAACAGGUGGAUUCGGCAAAGGAAUAUGUCGAAGAUAUUAAGCAGCAAUUACUAGGUUUAUGGAAAUACCUCGAUGAACCUAAACAUGUUUAUGAAUCGUUCUUGAACAGUUACGUAGGUUACAGUCUAGCAACUGUGAACGCACUGACUGCAGAACUGGAUAGGUGCAAAGAGAAAAGGAGAGAGAAUGUUGCUAAAUACGUAUCGCAAGUAAGGUCUGAGUUGGUCAAGCUAUGGGAUUUGUGUAAAUUCAGUGAAGAACAGAGGCGACGAUUCGUUCAUUUUCAUUCGCAUACGUACACGGAUGAUCUUUUGACGCUGCACGAACUCGAACUGAAACGAAUGCAAGAUUUCUAUGAAGCAAGCAAACCCAUAUUCGACUGUCUGCAAGAGCGUGAGAAUCUAUGGUCGAAAAUGAGAGAGCUACGGCAACGUGCAACAAAUCCUGAUCGCUUUUACAAUCGAGGCGGUCAGUUAUUAAUGGAGGAAAAAGAGCGUAAGAAAAUACAGAAAAAAUUACCGAAAAUUGAAGAUGAUCUAAGGGCCUUGAUAAAUGAUUAUGAAACUGUUCACGGCGAGGUAUUUACCAUAAACGGGAUGUCUGUGAACGAGCUCAUACAAGAAUCCUGGGAGAAUUUCAACGAAGAAAAGGAAACAAUUAAAAAAGCCAGGAAAGAGGCGAAAGACAAAUCGGUGAAGAAAACAACAUUGAGUGCCUCUAAAAAGCCUGCCUUAAGCUCGUCCAAGAAACCUCAAGUUUCAUUAAUCAGUCGCCGGAAUAUAUCAACGUUCAAUCCUUCCAAGAGGAAGCUGUUAUUCAGUCCAUCUCCAAAUACCUCCAAUUCAAAACGCAGGAACGUAACGGUGACCGCGUCUAGGAUCAAAAGAAGUGGCAAAUUUCUUAGGACACCGAUUGAUAAACCGAAAAGCAGUAACAAAACAGGUAAAAAGGACACUUCGCAGAAGGAGAAUUCUGUGUCAGACACGACUUACAAUCAUUUUAAAGAACAUUUAGAAGACAGGGGAGAACUGCGUAGCUCUUUGCUGCCGAGUCGACUACUGGCAACCGCAAGCACGUCCGUGAAGACGCCGGUACGAACACCUGUUAAACCUUUACGAAAGAAUUUAACGCCAAUGUUGACAACCCCAAAAUUAUCAGAGUCGAGAUUACAGAAAUCACCUCGUACACCUAGAACAGGACAAUCAUCUCGGCUUGCUCCUGUAUCCACACCAUUACCCAUCAUUUUUUAAACUAGUAUAAAAGUCGUCAUCA